AGCUGAGGAGGAGCUGCCCACAGUGCCGAGGAGCUCUACGUCGGGAAAAGUUUACCUCAACUACAACACUCAACCAAAAGGAGGGAGAAACUGCAGAGAUGGCAACUCAAGCACAGAAGCCGCCCCAGCUGCACCUGGCUGAGAUCACCGCGACGCAGUUUAUUGACAUCUGGAAACACUUUGACGCAGACGGAAACGGCUACAUCGAAGGGAAGGAGCUGGAGAACUUCUUCAAAGAGCUGGAGACUGCGAGACGAGGAGCAGGCGUGGAUCCUACACAUACUGCAUUCAAAGAAAAAAUGAAGGAGUUCAUGGCCAGCUUUGACAAGAACUCUGAUGGGCGGAUUGAGAUGUCAGAGUUGGCUCAGCUUCUGCCCACAGAGGAAAACUUCCUGCUCUGUUUCAGAGAGUUUGUGGGAUCCAGCACCGAGUUUAUGGCUGCUUGGCGGAGGUAUGACACCGACCGCAGUGGAUACAUUGAGUCCAAUGAGCUGAAGGGUUUCCUGUCAGACCUACUCAAGAAGGCCAACAGAAACUACGAUGACAAGAAGCUCAAUGAGUACACACAGACAAUUCUGAGGAUGUUUGAUCUUAAUGGCGAUGGUAAGCUGGGUCUCUCUGAGAUGGCGAGGCUCUUGCCGGUCCAGGAAAACUUCCUGCUGAAGUUUGAGGGCAUCAGACUCACAGUGAAAGAAUUUGACUCCCUCUUUACCUUCUAUGAUAAGGAUGGUAAUGGCUACAUUGACGAGCAGGAGCUGGAUGCCUUGCUGAAGGACCUCUGUGACAAGAACAAAAUGGAUGUGGACCCUGUGGACUCAAAAGGACUGAUGGGGUACAAGAAGAGCAUCAUGGCUCUGUCUGACGGAGGGAAACUGUACCGCACUGAGCUGGAGAUCGUCCUCUGCCGGGACUCCACGCUGUGAGCUCCCCGCUAUCCUCCCCUUCCACUGCCUCCUCCUUCCUACCUCCUGAUGUAACCUGGUGCAUGUGUGACCCUUAACCUCGCUACACCACUUAGAGUGAAAACAAAAGUGCUCCUGAGAGCACAAAGUGUACCGCUGGCCCAGCUAUUUCAGCUUUGUACCCCUCUGAGAUUUUUGUCUUUUUUUUAGCUUAAAAUGCAGUUCCAUAGUGAGAUAGCCAUAGC